AUGAAUGAGAGCGCGGCCGGGAACGAGAGCGUGGCGGGAUUCCCCAUGGCCUCGUGGCUGGAAGCCGGAGUCUUCAGCGGGAACAGCAGCCUCGCGCUCUCCUCCUCAUCAUCAUCCUCCUCAUCAUCAUCCUCGUCGUCGUCGUCCUUGCUCCUCGACUUUCCUAUAAACCCGUGGGACAUUAUGCUGUGCCUGUCCGGCACCGUGAUCGCGUGUGAGAACGCCAUCGUGGUGGCGAUCAUCUUCUACACGCCGACGCUGCGCACCCCGAUGUUCGUCCUGAUCGGCAGCCUCGCGACGGCCGACCUGCUCGCGGGAGUCGGACUCAUCUUGAACUUUGCGUUCCAGUACUUGAUCUCGUCCGAGACGGUCAGCCUGAUCACGGUCGGCUUCCUCGUGGCCUCGUUCACGGCGUCGAUCAGCAGCCUGCUCGUCAUCACCGUGGACCGCUACUUCUCCCUGUACAACGCGCUCACCUACCUGUCGGAGAGAACGCUGCACUGCGUGCACCUGAUGCUGCUGGGCGCGUGGGGCGCGUCGCUGGGGCUCGGCGCGCUGCCCGUGCUCGGCUGGAACUGCGUGCGCGACGCGUCCUCCUGCAGCGUGGUGCCGCCGCUCACGCGCACCAACGUGGCGCUGCUCGCCGUCGCCUUCUUCGCCAUUUUCGUGCUCAUGCUCGGGCUCUACUGCAAGAUCUGCAAGAUCGUGUGUCGCCACGCGCACCAGAUCGCGCUCCAGCGGCACUUCCUCGCGCCGUCGCACUACGCCGCCACCAAGAAAGGCGUCUCCACGCUCGCCAUCGUCCUGGGCACGUUCGGCGCGAGCUGGCUUCCCUUCGCCAUCUACUGCCUGGUGGGCGAGCGCGAGGACCCGGCCGUCUACACGUACGCCACGCUACUUCCGGCCACCUACAACUCCAUGAUCAACCCGAUCAUCUACGCCUACCGCAACACCGAGAUCCAGCGCUCGCUCUACGUGCUGUUCUGCGGCAGCGCGCGCACCGACGUGUCGCACCGCUCCAGAUCACCGAGCGAGGUCUAG